GAGACUACAACAACAAACAGAAAACAUGCCCACAGGAAAUGGAAUUAGCCAUCGUGCAAGUGAAAUUGUAGCACAUGUGGCUCAGUCCAAACACACUUCAUCUUUCCUCUUCCAUCCAUCCCACUGUUUCUCCUGUCAUGACGCAUUCUAACAAAUCUCUCCUCCUCCCAUCCCUCCAUCCUUCCCUCCCUCUCUCCCAAAUCCUUCAUCCUCCUCCUCUUCUUCACAUUUCUGCAUGUGUAAUCCUAUAGAUUCUCUGAUGUUAUGCUACACUCUCACUCCUCUUGGGCUCUUGUCCUCCUCCUCCUCUUCACUCUCUCUCCCUCUCUCUCUCUCUCCCUCCCCCUCCUCUCCUCUCUCCCUCUCUCUCUCUUUCCCUUCCUCUAUCUCUUUCUCUUGCACCACCUGUUAGUGCAGACCCCUGUGCUUUGGAAUUCACUUGUUUAUGAGGGAGUAUUUCACACUCACACAAUCAAAGCUCUAUGACGGUGCGAAAGGGAAAAAAGCUCACCAUCUCCAUCCAGGAACACAUGGCCAUAGACGUCUGUCCCGGCCCCAUACGACCAAUUAGACAGAUCUCUGCCUAUUUCCCUCGACUCUCCCCGACCGCUGAGCCUAUCUCUCCUAACCCUGCUUCUCCAUUGGCUCCCAGCCCGGGGGUUGGGGCCUCUGGAGGAACGAGCAGGAGUCUCUUGUCCCCUCUGCAGGCCGGGGCCAGAGGAGGGGGUGGGACUCUGUCAGCAGCAAGCAGCAUUGAGACAUCGGUGGACAUCUGCAGUUCAGACAGCGAUGACAGCACUGCACUAGGGACGUUAGAAUUUGAACUGAGGUAUGAGAGAGCGACCAGUUCACUCCACUGUACCAUCAUCAGAGCCAAGGGCUUGAAACCUAUGGAUUUUAAUGGCUUGUCAGACCCUUACGUCAAACUUCAUCUUCUACCAGGAGCAUGUAAGGCUAAUAAACUGAAAACCAAAACGGUCCGUAAUUCUCUAAAUCCUGUUUGGAAUGAGACUCUCACUUACAUUGGCAUCACAGAGGAGGACAUGCUCAGGAAGACUCUGAGGUUAUCGGUGUGCGAUGAGGAUAAACUGACUCACAAUGAGUUUAUUGGAGAGUCUCGCGUGGCCCUGCGACGAGUGAAACCAGACCAGACGAAACGUUUCUACACCUGUUUAGAACAUCCUCCACCUUUUCCCUCUCCUACAGCCAUGGGAGCAGCACUGCGAGGGAUGUCCUGUUACCUACGAGAGUGGGAGAACGAACAGCUGACCAGUUUGGAAGAGAGGGGCCGCCUGUUGCUCUCGCUGCAGUUCCUGCCCCCACCUGUAGAGGGUGAAGCAGAAGGCCGGCGAGGGGGCCUGUACGUCGGAGUGCUACGCUGUGCCCAUCUGGCAGCCAUGGAUGUCAACGGCUUCUCAGAUCCCUAUGUGAAAAUAUACCUGAAGCCAGAUGUGAAGAAGAAAUCCAAACACAAAACGGCAGUGAUUAAAAAGACCCUUAACCCAGAAUUCAAUGAGGAGUUCUUCUAUGAGAUCUCUCUAUCCGAACUGGUCCAUAAGACACUGGAGGUCACAGUAUGGGACUAUGAUCUGGGAAGAUCUAACGAUUUCAUAGGUGGCGUGUGUCUGAGCUGUCAGGUCCAAGGAGAUGCUCUUCGCCACUGGAUGGACUGCUUGAGGAAUAAGGGUCAAAGGGUGGAGCGCUGGCACAUUCUGGCCAAUGAGCUGCCUCAGACAACCUGCCACGAUUGAGGAAGACUCCUGCCAGGAACGAGGAAAUCAGUCAUGAUAGGUUAAUGGAUUCGAUUGAUAUGAGGUGGACAUGGAGAUAAUUAUAUGAGCUAAGUAGGGGCCAAGAUGUUGGAAGUAAAUUACACACUUUGUGAUGUUUAAAAGGAGAGUGGAGGAUGGGCCACCAGUCGGCUUCUGACUUGAUGUCACUCAAAGCGAGUCCCCGCCCCUUUCACCCAAUUCUCUCUCACACUCUCAUUGCUGCACGUUUUCUACACAUUUUGUAACGUUGAAGUGUAUUUUACUCUAAUGAAAUCUCGUGUAGCACAAUUCUCUUUUUUGGUUACAAUGUAUUUUAAUGUUCAGUGCUUUCGUAAUGCUUGCAGACAGCGCAACUUUAACAAUAUACGGGGGUGCAUGAAAACUGCCUGCCAUUAAUGCAUCAAAGU